AUGGCAUCCAGCUUGUGCUGGUCAUUAGAAGCUGACAAUCGCUUUGGCCCUCGCGUCAGCAUCGAUUGUCGUGCCUUUGACUUUACCCUCUUAUUUGAGGACAUCUUUUUCAUAUCUCUGCCAGCCGCAGUCUUCUUAUUGAUUUUACCUAUAAGACUUUGUUUUCUCCGGCACGAGGCGGUCAAAAUCAAUUCAUACAGAUUAGCGGUCUGCAAACUAGUAAAAACAUCCUCCCUUAUACCUUCCCCGACCGUAUCUAAACUCAAGCAGUGCUUUCUCGCCGUGUUGUUCGUUCUCCAAGUUUUGUUUGGGGCAUUUCAAGUCCGAGAAGCGGCCAUUCAUACGCGGGCUUCUUUGCCUGCAGUCAUACUCAACAUAAUAGCAACCUUUGCAGCAUCAUACGCCUCCUUCUUAGAGGACCAGCGAUCUGUGAAACCUUCGGAUUUCCUAAUCCUCUAUUUCUCAGCGUGUAGCAUUUGCAGGCUGCCUCAGCUGCGCUCACUAUGGCUGAUCCCAUCCGUUGGAGUCUGUCGAUAUCUCUCGCUAGCUUGCUUCCUGUUGACGGUGGCAGUUAUGGCCCUUGAGUCGGUCCCAAAAACAAAGAUUCUGCAUUCUCAGUAUUAUGGUGGUACCAAUGAAGGAAAGAUCGGGUUUUGGAGCCGAAGCUUCUUUAUCUGGGUACUGCCAUUUCUACAGACAGGGUAUCGGGAAGCUCUCGAGGUCGAGGAUAUCCCAGAAGUUGACACAAGUCUUCAAGGACAAUGCUCGGGCAGCAAGCUUCGAAAGUCCUGGGAUUCUGCAAAAACAAAUGGUCAUUAUCGCUUAAUCAAAGCUGUUUUUCGUGCAUACGGAUGGGCUUGUAUCUCCGCGAUCCCCCCACGCCUGGCCUACAGUUGCUUUACCUUCGCACAACCUUUUCUGAUCACAGCAACUGUGAAUUAUAUUGGAGGCUCACCGGGGUCAGAGCCUAAGAUUUACGGAACUGGACUGAUUGGGGCGUAUAUUCUGGUAUAUCUGGGGUUGGCGGUUUCGAAAGCUGUAUACUGGCGUCAAACAUACCGCCUACUCACCAUGAUCCGGUCUGGUCUUAUAUCUAUGAUCUAUGACCAGACCAUCGACAUGACUGCGGCAGAUUUGACUGAUUCCGCAGCUAUUACAUUAAUGGGCACUGAUGUCGAACGAAUAGUGACUAAUUUGAAGAACCUGCAUGAGGCGUGGGCAUCUAUCAUCGAAUUGGGGACUGCGAUCUGGUUGUUGGAACGCGAGAUCGGGGUCGCCUGCUUUAUACCGCUCGUCAUCUCACUGGGCUCCGUAUUGGCAAUGGUCCCAGUGUCAAGCCGAUCUGGACAGGCACAAAAGCAAUGGAUUGAGCGAGUACAAACGCGACUCGCAGUGACAGCAGACACGUUAGGCAACAUGAAGGCUGUGCAAAUGCUCGGGCUGGGCGAUGUUAUUUUACCGCUGGUGUCACAUCUGCGUGAAAUCGAAGUGAAAACUUCAGUUUCUUUCCGAAAGUUGCUGAUAUGGCAGGUUGCGCUCUCCAACUUGCCCGUUGUCCUCGCCCCCUUUGCUACGUUUACAGUUUACGCGAUAAUAUCUGUUGUGCGACACGAUGGGUCAAUCCUCUCUGCUCAAGCAUUCACAUCCCUCGCUUUGAUUUCUCUUCUCACAAAUCCCCUGCUCAUAUUUUGCCAAGCCAUGCCCGCGUUGUGGCAGGCUGUCGCUUGCUUUGCCCGGAUCGAGACAUAUUGUGGGGAGGGCACCGCUUUAUCUGCAAAAUACGAAGAGGAGGUUCAGCCAUCGCUGACAUCUGAAAAGUUCUAUCCAUUGUUGAUCUCAUUCAAGAAUGCAAACAUAGCAUGGUCUUGGAAGAAAAAUUCCGUGCUCUGCAAUCUGAAUGUUAACAUCUAUCAGGGCAUCACGAUAAUAGUAGGUCCUGUUGGAUGCGGGAAGUCAACUCUGAUUGAAAGCAUCCUCCACCAGCACAUGGUUAAAAAUGGUUCCCGAACAGCUUCAUUCUCAAGAGCAGCCUACUGUCCACAGACCCCAUGGAUUAGAAACGACACCAUCCGGAACAAUAUCAUCGGAUUCCUGGAAUUUGAUCAAACAUGGUAUGAUAUCACAUGCACCGUAUGUGGCCUGCAAGAGGAUCUCGACGCUCUUGCAGAAGGUGAUAUGCAUUUGGCUGGAAGCGACGGCAUCUCACUUAGUGGAGGCCAAAAGCAGCGCAUUGCCCUCGCCCGAGCAGUGUACUCUAAGCUUGACGUUGUCAUUCUGGAUAAUGUGUUCAGCGGACUCGACUCGAUGAGUAUUGCUCUUAUCAGGAACCGGCUUUUCGGCAAAGACGGCCACUUUAAGAAGCUGGGGAUAUCAGUUAUUCUUGCCAUGAGUACCUGUCAGUUGCUUCCCCAUGCGGAUCAAAUCCUGAUGAUGGAUGAGGGGAAGAUUACAGCAUCGGGGUCAUACAAUGAGAUGCUAUCCAAGGAACCAAAGAUUGUCUCAGAGGUUCAGAAGUCAACUUUGGAUCUUCCUCUUGAAACGGAGAGGUCAAAUUCUGGCCUAACGGUUGUCGGGAAAAAAGAGACCAGCAUUGCCGUGGACACUCUCGACAAUGAAAAGACCAUCCGUGUUAAACAUCAAAGAAAUUGGCCCGUGUACACAUAUUACUUUCGGAGCGCAGGGUAUGGCCUUUUGGUCUCGUUUUUGGCAUUCACUAUUAUUGAGUCUUUCUGUUCAAGCUUUCAAGCAUUAUGGAUUCAAUGGUGGGUUGAUGCAAAUGAAGAGCAACCUAACAAGCAGCUGGGGAUGUAUCUUGGUAUCUACGGCUUGAUAUUUGGAUUGACAUUUUUGAGUCUCGUUGCUGGCUGCUGGUUGCUCUUCGUUCGAGCUCUUAAUAAUACCUCGCUGAAUUUGCAUUCCGAUCUUCUCAAAACAGCCUUUAGGGCAUCGAUCAGCUUCUACCAAAGUGUAGACACCGGUUCAAUAACGAAUAGAUUCAGUCAGGAUUUGGAACUUAUUGAUAUGAUGCUACCGAUUUAUGCCGUCAAUUUUGUGAACAGUACGAACCCUUCCCCAAUACACAGCUUAGAGCUAACUCACUCGGCAGGUUUCGUUGAUGUAUUUAUCAACACUAUUAUCGUCUGUGCCAUGGGCAGAUACCUGGCAGUCUCAAUCCCAUUCUUAGGGGUGGUCCUAUUCUUCAUUCAGUCAUAUUACCUACAAACCUCCCGACAGGUCCGAUUGUUAGAUAUCGAGGCUAAGGCACCUCUCUUCACACACUUUCUCGAGACGAUCCACGGUAUAUCAAGCAUUAAAGCCUUUAACUGGGGGCCCCAGAUGCAAGCGAAAAGCCACUACCUACUAAACCGAUCGCAGCGACCGGUCUACAUGCUUUACAGUAUUCAGCAAUGGCUGAUUCUUGUUCUGGAUUUGGUUGUAGGGGCUAUCGCAGUUAUUUUCAUUGCCAUGAUCACAUCGCUGAGAGGUCAAUUCAACGCAGCAUCCAUUGGGGUUGCACUCAACAUUUUACUGACACUAAAUCAAACCUUGGCCAAUGCUCUCAAAAUGUGGACCAUGACUGAAAUCUCUAUCGGGGCUGUCUCGCGCUUGCAACGCUUUGUAGAAGAUACUCCUUCGGAAGAAUGCCGCGUGGCACCUCCAAUUUCUCCUCAAUUACCGCAUGGCUGGCCUUGCGGUGGUGCGGUGGAGUUCACAGACGUGACAGCAGGAUAUGACCACUCGGCCACUCCGGUCCUUAAAAGUCUUACGAUGACCAUCAAACCGGGGGAGAAGAUUGCCGUUUGCGGACCAUCCGGGAGUGGGAAGACAUCAUUUAUCAUGGCGAUACUCCAGAUGCUUGACAUUCAGUCCGGACGCAUCAGCAUAGAUGGUGAGAACCUCGCGGAGAUUGCGAGAAACACAAUCCGCUCGCGCAUAAACGUUGUCCCCCAAGACCCAUUUUUCAUGCCAGGGACCCUCCGGUUCAAUCUUGACCCUCGCCAGUGCGUGAUCGAUGCGGAACUGAUCCGUGCUAUCGAGAAGGUGGGCCUCUGGGAUCGAGUUCACGCCAAAGGUGGGUUGGAUAUGGAGUUCUCUGUGGCGGAUUGGUCUGUUGGGCAGAGGCAAUUGCUUGCCUUGUCUCGGGCCAUCGUGAAGAGGAGUGCCCUGCUGAUCUUGGAUGAGGCCACAAGCAGUGUCGACUGGGAAACCGACGCGAUCAUGCACGAUAUUAUCGAGAAGGAAUUUUCCGAGCAAACUAUCUUUGCGGUGGUGCAUCGGCUUCGUUAUAUUCGCUGGUUCGACCGAGUGAUGUUGCUCAAGCACGGGGAACUUGUGGAGUGCGAUAGAGCUGAGGCGUUGCUGCAGAGGGAUUCCGAAUUGCGAAAACUAUAUUUGGCUUUCCAAGAGCCAUCCACUAGUGGAGGUCUUUAG